AUGGAAUAUCUAUUAUCUUUACGAACAGUAUUAUCAUCUGCUAAUUUUUCUUGGAUUAAAGAAUUCAUUAACAAGAAUGGAUUAAAGAUUCUAGAAUCUUUACUUGAAAAAUAUGCUGUUGGCAGAUGUGAAGUUUUAAAAUCACCUUCAUUGAUCUUGAGAACUGUUUUUUGUUUAUUGCUUACUCCAAACAAUAAAUUAUGUACUCAAAUUGCAGAGAUUCUUUCAGUGUUGUGUGUAUGGUCGUUGAAUGGGCAUAUACUGGUAGUUGAUGCAUUUUCUGAUUCACGUGUGAUCAAUCAGGAAAAAUAUCUUUUUCAAUAUUUUAUGGGCACUUUUAAAACAAAAAAUGAUGUUGAUGGAAAGGAGGAAGAUGGCACAUCAAUUGAAUAUAGGGUUACUAGGUUGAAUUUAACAAAUGUCAUUGUUAAUAAAUCAGAACAAAUUGAAGAACGUAUUUUGUUACAGGAAGGAUUUGUAAGAAAAGAAAUCUACAAUUAUUUUAGAAUUAUUAAAAAAUCUGACCCUCCUGAUUCUCUGAUAAAUCAAAUCAACGUCUAUAAAGAAGAGCAUAAGAAAGAUUUUGCUGAAUUGAACAAUAUAGCCCAUGAAAUAAUUAGAGACGCAAAACAAAACAGAAUUGAAGUAUUGGCAAUUAUUGAACAAUUUAUUGAAAAAAUCAAAACUACAAAUAGUAUUAAAGAACAGUGGCAAAGUGUUAUGAAUAAUUAUAAUUCAUCUAUUCAGCACAUAAUAGGCAAAAAAUAUUCAUUAGUCAGUGGAAUAAUAACUGACCAAGAAAUUGAUUCACUAAAAAAAUCAAUAAACAAUUUGAGUUUAAAGCAAUUUAAAGCUCGCAGUCCCCCGCCCCCGCUACCAACAACUCAAUUGCCAAUAUCUCCAAAAUUAUUAGAAAAACAUAAUCAGGAUAUUAAAUCUAGUAUAACAAAACCAAAACCAUUAUUACCAUCAACAGCAAAAAAGAUUGACACCAAUUCCAUCCUCACAAUAAAUUCUUCUUCGACUCCUUGGUCACUAAAACAAUUAUUUUGGAAUAAACUUUCGGUAAAUGAGAUUAAUAAAACAGUAUGGCAAGAAAUUCCUAGUGAACAAAUUUUAAUCACUCAAUAUACUGGUGAUUUGUCGGUACUUGGUAAUGCAGAAAACUAUUUCAAGAAUAUUGCCAUGAUUUCAAGAUUGGCUGAACGAUUAACUUGUAUGAUAUUUAGGCAUAAAUUUGAAAAUAAAGUUCAAAAGCUUGUACCUACUGUAUUGGUAAUUGGCAAUUAUUUAAAUACUUCAUCAUUUCGAGGUAAUGCAUCAGGAUUUCAAUUAGACGCACUUCUAAAGAUGAAAGACACAAAGGCAAUGGACAGUAGUAAUGGAAAAGGAAUAGCUACACUUUUACAUUAUUUAGUAUACACCUUAGAAAUGUGUCAAAGUGACAUUAUAAAUUUUAUGGAAGAGUUACCAAAUUUGGAGGCAUCAGCUAGAAUUUCCACGACUUCAAUUUUAUCAUCUGUGGCGUCAUUGUUCUCGGGUGUUUCACAGAUCAAAAAUGAAUUAGAGAUUUUAAAGCAAAUGUCUCUUCUUUCUUCUACAACUAAUUCAGAAAUUAAAGAUAAUUUUAUAAUAGUUAUGAGCGAAUUUAUUCAAGGUGCAGAACCAAUAAUUGAAAAAAUUAAAAAUAUGACAAACGAACUAGAAGAAGAAUCGAAAAAAAUAGUGACUUAUUAUUAUGGAGAAAAUCCAGAUGAUAAAAAAAUUGAAGAUUUGUUAGGAUUACUUUUAACAUUUUCAUCUUCAUUUAUGAAAGCUAAAAAAGAAAAUGAAGAAUUUACUAAAAAGAAAAUACAUAAAGGGAAAAAUAGUCAAUCCAAACAACAGCAUUUAAAAAGAAAUCUUUCCGAAGCACGAGAAGCAACAUUGAAAAUUAAAGAUGAUUAUAAUCAAGAUUUAAUAAUAGCAAUUCAAAAUGAUUUAAUAAACAAAUUAUUUGAAAUUUAUGAAAUAUCAAUUGACAAUAAUAAUAGUAAUAGUAAUAACCGUUCAUCUAAUAGCAACAAUUUAUCAUCGUCAUCGUCAUCAUUAUUAGUUGUUGAAUUAAUACUGGAAAUAUUUUAUAAAAUAAUCAAAGAUUUUAGAAAUGGUAGUAAUAAUAACAGAACUGAUAGUAAUAAUAGUAAUGCGGAUUAUUUUUUAAUUUUGAUUGUUAAUAAUAUCAAAAAAUUAUUAUAUUCAUUAAAUAAUAACAAUAAUAAUAGUGAUUUAGAUUUAUUAAUUAAAAAUAUUUCUAAUAAAUUAGAUUUAAUUUUUAUAAAUGAUAAUUUCAACAGUGAUAAUUCCAACGAUAGAUUUGCGGUAGAUGUUCCUUUCCACAAAGGAGUUGAGAACACAGGAAUUGAGUAUGAUUUUGUGAAAGCAAUGUGGGAAGGUCCUUUGCUUUUUGUUAAGAAUUUUGUGGAAUCAUGGCAACAGUUAGCAUUGGAUGUUGAAGAAUUUAAGUUGAUUAUUGUUAAGAUAUAG